CCGCUCUUUAGGCUCCUUCCUUCCUUGCUCAAUCUCUCUCUCUCUCUCAUCGAUCGUCGGAGAUUGUUUGGUCCCCUUCGAUUUGUGACGAUUUCGUUUUUAAUCAUCAGUUUUCUCCAUUUUCCAAGGAGGAGCCAUGGGUUGGAAAGCUGCUGAGAAACUCAUCAGACACUGGAAGAUACUUCGAGGGGAUAAUGUAAUGAUAAUUCGUGGCAAAGAUAAGGGUGAGACUGGAACCAUAAAGCGCGUCAUCCGAUCCCAAAAUCGUGUCAUUGUUGAAGGAAAGAAUCUGAUCAAGAAGCAUAUAAAGGGAGGCCCUGAUCAUGAAGGUGGAAUUUUCACGGUAGAGGCUCCUCUUCACGCCUCUAAUGUCCAAGUUGUUGAUCCAGUCACUGGGAGGCCUUGUAAGGUUGGUGUCAAGUACCUAGAGGAUGGAACAAAAGUAAGAGUAGCCAGAGGCACAGGCACAUCUGGUUCCAUCAUUCCUCGCCCUGAGAUUCUAAAGAUAAGGGCUACACCAAGACCCGCAACUGCUGGCCCCAAGGACACACCAAUGGAGUAUGUCUGGGAGCAGACAUAUGAUGCUAAAACAGGAAAGGGCAUGCCUGAUCUUUGAGCUGAAGCCUCUUUACAGUUUCGUUCCAAAAAUGUUGCUGCUCCUAAAUAGAUUCUUCAUUUUCCAAUCCAUUAUAGUUUGAUUUGGGUCAAGAGCUGUGAGGCUUUGUUGAAAGAACCUUUGAUCCUGGCUGAAACGGAGUCGUUUAUUUCAUUGAUCUUGUGAACUUUUCAAUUUGGCUAUGACUCUUGACUCUGA